CUUCCUCCUCCUCCCUCUACUUCCUGGCAUACCUCAGCACUUUCUCUGCAGCUCAGUCUUAGCUGGAGCGGGCACUGAAAAACCUAAGGUCCUUGGCUGGGGGCAGGACUUGGAAAGCGCUUUUCUCUUAACAAUCAGGGACUGUUCCCUGUACCCCUUUGAUUUUAGUUUUUAUUUCUUUCCACUUGUCCAAGAGUCACCCCAAUCCCCCCUCCCCUCCCGCAGCCACUGUGUUUUCUCCCGUGGGCCAACAGUGGGAAAUAGAAGAGAGGUUUUGGCUCCAGGGAAAUAGCAAAGCUCUGCUCGCUUCUCAUUCCUUUCCCUUUAACUCCGCUCUCAGUCGGCCUGCCCACUUUUAUCGGGCAUAGGCCCUGAGGCAGUGUAGGGGCAUCCAAGCUUGGCAGGAGCCGGAUCCUAGUCACUAAGUAAUGAGGAAAGGACAGACUGGGGCCAAAGUCUCCCCAGCCUGUCCCGGUCAAGAUCCAGUGAACCCUGGGCAGCUGCUGGAGACGCGGACAGGCUUUAAGCCCCCAUCUCAAACCCGGAGCUUCAAGAACAAGGUUCCCAGAGAGAAGGAGCCUGAGCCAGGGAGAGAGCAGCCGGUGCCCGUCAGACUGAACCCAGACUCCAGGAUGUGCUCGACACCCUCUGUCAGGCAUCAGCUGGACCGCGUGGCUGUGAUGGGGGGCACCCAUGGGAAUGAGCUCUCAGGAGUCUACCUGGUGAAGCACUGGCUACAGGACCCUUCCGAGCUGCAGAGAGCCACUUUCACAACCACCCCCUUCCUGGCCAACCCCAAAGCCACAAAGCGCUGCGUCCGCUAUGUAAGCCAGGACCUGAAUAGAAGCUUCACAAGGGCCUUGCUCACCUCCAAGGGCACAGAGGACAGCCUUUAUGAGGUGAGACAGGCCAAGAAGAUUAACCAGCUCUUUGGUCCAAGAGGCUCAGCUGAUGCCUUUGACUUCAUCUUUGACCUUCACAACACAACCUCCAAUAUGGCAGCCUGCCUCCUCUCAGACUCUGAGGAGAAUGUCUUCACUAUGCACAUGUGUCACUAUAUCCAGAAGAACACUCAGGGCCCGUGUCCAAUCUAUCUGUAUGGUUGUCCUGGACCGGAAAACCCUUUCCUUCUGUCAGUUGGCAAGAAUGGCCUGGGCAUGGAGCUGGGCCCCCAGCCGCAUGGGGUGCUCCGAGCUGAUGUUUUGUCUCACAUGAGAGCCCUUGUGGCUUGUGGUCUGGACUUCAUUGACCUCUUCAACCAAGGUGCCUCAUUCCCGGCUUUCGACAUCGUGGCUUAUAGGGUCAUAGAGACUGUGGAUUUUCCUCGGUCCCCUGGAGGGGAGCUGCUGGGAUCUGUCCAUCCCCAGCUUCAGGACAAAGAUUUCUGUCCUCUGAAGCCAGGAGACCCCAUUUUUCAGCUCUUCAGUGGAAAAGAGAUCUUCUACGAGGGUGAUGCCACCAUCUACCCGGCCUUCAUCAAUGAGGCUGCCUACUAUGAGAAAGGAGCAGCCUUCCACAAGAUGAAGAAAUGCACAUUCUCCAUCCCGCCUUUACAGGCCCCAUCGGCAUCAGCCCCCUGAUGAUUCAGGGGCCAGAUCGAGGGGGAACAGCCCAUGUGGGAAAACAGUCAUACUGAUCUUGGGAGAACUGUCAACUGGCCCAGUCAUUCUGGAAAGCAACUUGGAACCAUGCCCCAAAAGUUUUUAAAAGUUAUUAAACAUGCCCUCUAAUCCAGCCGUUACUCUGCCUAGGCCCCAAAAAGAUCAGAGGAAGAGGAAAAGGAUUAUUCAUACAAAAAUGUUUAUAGGAAAACCUGCAAAGACUUCUCUGAACUGAUGUAGAGAUAUAAGUGAGCAGAACCAGGAAAACAGUUUAGACUGCAACAACAAACAACUUUGAAAAGACUCGGGAAAUCUGAUUAACUCAGAGACCAACUAAGAUUCCAGAGGAGUCGUGUUAAAACCUCUGAUGGAAAGGUGAAUGACUUGGAGUGCAGACUGAAGCCUUGGGGGGGUGGGGGGGU